UGACGAAGAAAACUGGAACAGACUGGAACUGUUGCAUUAGUAGACUUGUUUUGAGGUUAGCAUUUUAAGAAACAAAGUAUUUAAAGUUUAAAUGAUCGUAUUCUUUUGUAUUUGACAGGAGAACGGAUUUCAAAGUUUCUAAAAUCAAAUAAUUGUGUAAUUAUGUUGUUAAUCAAUUACACGACAUAAAUCAUAUUGAUAUAAUGAAUAUAAAACCAAAAUUACAAAAGUUUAGAGUAUAAGUUUAGAGUGUAUUAUAUGGACUGCGAUGACCAGAAUACUCUGAAAAUGAGCGAAAGUGAAUCUGUUUAUGGGACUACAUUGUCCCAAGAAUCAAUAAAGGUAAUCGCAGAGAGCAUAGGUGUUGGAAACUUUCCUGACGAAGCUGCCAAAGAUCUUGCUGAAGAUGUAAGCUAUAGACUUAAGGAAAUCAUUCAGGAUGCAGCCAAAUUUAUGAGACAUGGUAAACGUCAACGUAUGACUACUCACGACAUAGAUUGUGCUCUAAAAAUUAAGAAUAUUGAACCAACAUAUGGAUUUUUUGCCAAGGAUCAUGUACCUUUCCGGUUUGCUUCUGGUGGUGGUAGAGAAUUACAUUUCGUGGAAGAAAAAGAAAUUGAUUUGAAUGAAGUUAUAUCAAUGUCAGGUGGGCAAUCAUGGCCAAAAUUGCCAUUAGAGAUUACACUGCGUAGUCAUUGGCUCUGUAUAGAUGGUGUUCAGCCCACAAUACCAGAAAAUCCACCUCCAGUCUCUAAAGACGUACAAAAAUUGGAAAGCGUCGAUCCAACAAGUAAACUCUCAAACAAGAACCAAAAUAUUGGUGUUGGGAAACCAGGAGGUGGAGGCAAGAGUCAGAAAUUACGUAAUGUGGAAACUGUUCACGUUAAACAAUUAGCUACGCACGAAUUGAGCGUCGAGCAACAAUUGUAUUAUAAAGAAAUUACCGAAGCCUGCGUCGGAUCGGAUGAAGCGCGCAGAGCAGAAGCGUUACAAUCUCUUUCCGCUGAUCCUGGUUUACAUGAAAUGCUGGCACGCAUGUGUACCUUUAUUGCUGAAGGAGUUCGUGUGAAUGUUGUACAAAAUCAUCUUGCACUUCUAAUUUAUCUAAUGCGAAUGGUUAAAGCUCUUUUGGACAAUCCGAGCCUUUAUUUAGAGAAAUAUUUACAUGAAUUGAUACCGUCUAUCGCUACUUGCAUAGUAUCGCGGCAAUUAUGUAUGAGACCGGAUGUCGACAAUCACUGGGCACUGCGCGAUUUUGCUUCGCGUCUUAUGGCUCAAAUAUGUAAAAAUUUUAAUACGUCCACGAAUAAUGUACAGACACGUGUGACCAGAAUGUUCGGUCAAGCAUUGGCCAAGAAUAAUCAGACCCCACUAGCAUCACUUUAUGGGGCGAUCGAGGGAUUAUGCGAGUUGGGUCCGGAAGUGAUAAAAGCGUUGGUUAUUCCGAAGAUUAAGUCCAUUUCUGAGCGUAUAGAAUCGUGUAUCGAGGGGUCGGGUUUGUCAAGCGUGGAUAAAAACGGAGCGGGUCACAUUAAAACUCUACUUGUGAAAUCUGUCGCUCCUGUUUUAAAAACUAUACGGUCCCCGCCUGAUUAUGUAGAAGAUUACAAACAAGAUUAUGGUUACAUAGGACCAGCAUUAUGCGCAGCAGUUGUGAAGGCUCGCACCCAACCGACGACGUUGGCAACAACUGCGUCUACAACAACAGCUUUGACAACAAGUCAACAAGGUCCAACUUGUACAGGAAAGACCAUCAUGCAAGCUGUGACGAGUUCUAGUCCUGGUCAACAAACUGGACGUACAAUAAUGCUGGGCACAAGUAGAACCCCUAGUGGUACUACCACAGGAGGUGGACAAAAAUUUGUAAUUUUGCAAUCGCGAUCACAAACACCGACCGCAACUUGUACCAUACAACCACCACAACAACAGCAACAACAACCGUCUCAAACGCAACAGCAAUCACAGCAGCAACAAGUUAUAAUUUCUCAGACAAAUGUCGUUCAACAGAAGGCCCACAUACAGAGUGGUGGUACUAAAUUAGUGGUCGUAUGUAUGUCGAAUAGCAGUCAUACUUCUACAACUACGAUGUCGCAGGGAAAUCUGGCGUCGAAGACACAGAACGUUUUUGUCACGCAACAAGGCAUCGAGUGUUCAUUAGGUCAAGAGGAAGAAAAGAACACUUUUCAAUGACCACAAGUGCAAUGAUUACUGAUAUACGAAUGCGUGAUGCUUUGUAUUUCGUUUAAACGAGUCGGACUAUUAUUUUUCUUACACAUUGUACAGCGAUGGAAUCCUAAGAUUAAUGUAUCUAAUAUACAAGAAAAGAUUAAAUUUUUUUUAUAUAAAAAGGAA